AUGGGAAAUGUCGAGAAAAUGUACAACACGUGGCAAUACGAGUUUCCAAUCAACACAAGUGCUGGAAAGAAAGUCACUAUUACGGCCUUUGGCAUGGAGCGAAUUACCGGACAAAUAAGCAAACUGGAUCCUAAAGUCCUGGUAAAGUUAUUUCCAGAAUAUGAUCCUAAAACACUCCAGCGAAAGUCAACACACGUUGAUGUCCUGCUGGGCUGUGAUUACUUCGGUCUCCAUCCAAAGCAAGAAGAAGCUAGAUGUGGUGAUAAUCUAAGUAUCAUGAAUGGAGCAUUGGGAAUUUGCCUCCAAGGCGCCCUUCCAGAUCUGAUCGAAGAAACAAGAUAUGACACCAAUCUCGCAAAGAAAAUAUACGAAAAUGUACGUUGA